GAGAGUCAAGAGGAGGAACAACAAGUACAAUAUCGAGACCGAGACGGAACGGAGAACGGCACCAGCAACACAGCCCGACCAAACACAGCACAGCAGCCAGCAAGCCUCAAACCUCGCAUCACCACCUCCACCUCCACCCCCGUGGCAGCAGCAGCAAGCCGCCGCCGCCCCCCGCCGCCGCAGCAGCAGCAGCUGCGCGCCACUCGAAUCUCCCUGCUGCUGCAAGAGGGGCACACACCCCCGCGGCAGCACGCCUCGGCAGUCCGAGCAGCAGCGGCGUCUGGCUGGAGAUCGCUUCCUGCAACAACCCCUGCCUCCCCUCCUCCUCCGCGUCCGGCGGAACGCGCGCGCGUGCGCGAGCCAAGUAAUUUUUGCUGAGUGGGCUGCAUAUCAAGAGGGAUUAGAGGAAGAUAACAAUAUCCUCUGGAUAUCUACUUGUAGACAUUCUGGUUCAACUGUAUUUACAUGGAAUCUACUUCCUAAGAGAUGCCGUCGUCUAAGCCAUUGCCGGUGCCACUGGCACCAAGCCUGCAACCAUUACCAUCAUCUGCAGUACGACAGAAGAGUCGUAUUGACCUUUGUGAGAUCAAGUCCAAGAUUGCUAAAACGAUUGGGCCAGACCGAGCAAAGAAGUACUUUCAACAUCUGGAGAGGUUCUUAUCAUCAAAAUUGAGCAAAAAUGAGUUCGAUAAGCUCUGUCUUGUGGCACUUGGCCGUGAGAACCUCCCGUUGCACAACCACCUCAUUCGUUCUAUUCUUCUCAAUGCAUGUGCAGCAAGUGGGCCACCAGCUAUUAGUGCGCCUAAGAUAGCUGGGGAUAUCUCCAGUUCAGAACACACACUGGCCCCCCCUGUCUGGAGUGGUGACUCUUUGAGCAAGCAUGUCAAAGACAAACACUCAUUGAGCAAAAGUGUAAAUGCAUCAACACAACAUUCAUCUCUGACUUCUGUCGAGACUAUUAGUAGGGAGAAUGGCGCUUCAAAUUUGAUUGGUCUGAAGAGACAUACACACAUUCAGCAAAGUGAGCAUGUGGAAUCACUUAUCAAGCGAUCAUGUGUGAGUAAGGCACCAUUAGAUUUCCAUGUCUCUCUGCAUAGCAAUGGACCUUCUGCUAUUGAUGCUAGAGAAACUUUGGGAGAAGAAACUUUACGACGUGCCCAAGUUCCGUUGCAAGCUCCGAUUGGGAUUCAGUUUGGCGCUGCUAAUUUGUGUCAGACCCGAAAACCUUCAGCCCUUGCUUCUGUUAGUUCAGAUGACAGCUCUGUUAGUUGUUAUGACCAUGGUGAACUAUGUGAUACUUUGUCACUGAGGAAGAAAAUGGAAAAAACGGCACAAGAUGAAGGAUUGGAAGGGGUCUCGAUAGAGUGUGCUGAUUUGUUGAAUAAUGGAGUCGAUGUUUUUCUGAAGCAAUUGAUUGGAUCUUGUGUUGAGCUUGUUGGAGCAAGAUCUCAACAUGGUAAACUAAGCCAUGCGGCAUUGAAGCAGCAGUUGUCCCGUAAGCUAAUAAAUGGUGUAUCACUGCAAAAUCAUGCCCAUGUGCAGGGUGGCAUUAUAUCUCCAGGCACUACUAACUCGGUCACAAUACAAGACUUGAAGGCAGUGUCAGAGCUAAACCCUCGUCUGCUUGGGGUUAAUUCAUCUGGGCUACUUGAAAAGAUCAAUUCACAUGACUAAUUGGAUUGAGGGAGUUGGGUUUUUUUCACAUUUCAAGAUUGUACCAACUUGAUGCUGUCUCUUGCAGUCUUGCUUCAUGGCCGCUGUAUUCAGGUCAUAACUUGCUCGUGGGUGCUGGAACCUGGAGAAGGCAGACAGACUUUCUAGUUUGUGCAGUAUGCUGAUAAUACUGUAUCUAAUCUUCUGGGGAAUAUUUUGAAAUAAUUAAAGUUCUGCUUAUCUUCUAGAAGGCCUACAGAACUGUGCAGUAGACCCAUCCAUUGUCUGCAUCUAAGCACCAGAAAAAAGUCACAAGAACACAGAACUAUGGUGCAGGGCUCCAAACGAAUUGAGGAGCCAUGACUCUUUUAAAUGGUGCCAAGAUGCUGAUGGGUGGUGGCAAACUUCUCGGCGAGGGAGGAGAUUCACUUUGGACUUGUUGCUUCCACCACCGAAGACGGUUUUGCGGGGCUUCAGGCGGCUGUUCCUCGCCAUCAUCAUCUUCUUCAAAUUGUCUUAUAUUCUCGAGUCCAACCAGGAUUACUUCAUAGCUAGGCUUUGGCAAAAGGAUAAUCAGUGUCAGAAGCCACGCUUCCAGGAGGUCAUGCUGACGUCACCAAAUCUGUAAAUGGUCUACCUCCAGAAUCUACCGAAGUAUUUCUACUGCAAAUGACACGAAGUCUGUAUGGAGCAAAAUUUGGUUGCAAUUUCCUUUGAGCUCGUUGCUUUGGUCAGAAAAGAAGUGGCGGGCCUCUUUUCUCCAGGGUACAGAUUAUGUGUUUUUGGUCUGUUUACUCUCCUGACCUGGCAGGUGCCCAAAAAAAUUGCCAUCUUGCUGCCCCCUAAUCGCUAAACUGUAUUUGUUGGCAUUCACAUACAGAAGAAAUGCAGUAAGGCUCUCCUCUCAACAAACAUUACUGACCUUGUAAGCAUCCAAAGAGCUGUACAAUGAAUGUAACAUGUGUGAUUGUUGUAAAAAAUAAGAAAUGUAACAUGUGUAGCAUCACCCAAGAUACAGUUUCACUAGGAAAUCAUCAGUGUAACAUGUGUAGCAUCACUCGAGAUCGCUUUCAGUACUCUACAUGUGGUAGGAAAUCUAAUCAGAUGUUUUCACGAGGAAGCUCAGGAGAAGAACAUAGUUUCCCCAGGUUAUCUUUGGUCCUGCAGCUCUGAAUUUAAGCUUUCUCGGCCUACUUCCUGUUUUGAUAA